UUUUUCUAGGUUAUGUGUUAUUACUUCAUGCCUUUAAUUUUUUCCAACCCCUCGAAUUAUGUGUUUUCCCCACCAACACAUCAUCAAUUUUCCCAACUUAACCUCAUGCUUUGGUGUAAUAUGUCUCAUAACUUCCUCUUAUACCGCAUGAGGGCUUCAACAUUGAAAAAGCCGUGUUUCAGAGGCAGGGCUCUCACAUCCUUUAUCAGCGCUGAGAUCAACAUGGCAGCAGAGACUGUAAAUCAUCCGAGUACUGAAAAAACAGAAGAGUGUCAAUCGGAGGCCCCCCAAUGCAAUAAAAAGAUGUUUCAAUUCAUGAGAUUCAGCCUGUCGAUGGAAGAUACUGAGUUGGGUGCGCUUCAGGAACCAUCGCAUCUACAACCAGAGCAGAAAGAGAAGGACAUUGAGGACGACUGUAUCAUUGAUGACGAUGUGUUUCAUUCCGUGGCAAACAUGAGCUUGACUCUGAUGGCUGAUCAAGACUCUGAUGCUGACAACCCUAUCUGCAACUCUGACUGGCUGCUUAAUGAAAGCAAGAUUGUUCCCCACACAGCUGAUAUUGCCUAUGUUUCGGCACAAAUUUGGAAUGUAAUUAAAGAACAAAGCAAUUUAAAGACAGUCGAAGGAAACAAUUAUGUUGCAUCAAAACAGAACAAGAUAUGUUUGGAGAAAACCAUGUCAGCAAAAAUCACCAUCUUCCAGUGCAUUUUCCUUGGGACGGUCCCCAGCAACAAGAGUUCUGUUGUGCUGAACUUCACAGGCACAGACAAGUUCCUCUGCUGCACCAGCCGAGGAGAGGAAAAGAUAUUAACAAUUAAAGUGUAUGACAGAAAAAAUAUAGACAUUUCUGCAGAUGACCCAGAAAAAUUAUCCCUUAUUUUCUACAUGUCUCUAAAGUAUGAUGGUCUCCGGGAUUUUGAGUCAGCGCUCCACAGAGGAUGGUUCAUUCACACUGUAAAUGAUGAUGUUGUGAAAAUGAAAAGAGGCAAUGAAACAUCCAGCAGUCGCUUUAUCUUAGAGUGAGAAUGAGACCACAGAACCCACUGUAUAUUAAAACCUCUUAUUAAAUUAAGGAUUUUAUUCAGAAUGUUCAUAGUAUUUUUAAAAUACAUGAGUGCUUUAUCAAUAUAUUUGUAAUAUUAACCUUUAUAUACAUUUGCCUCUAUAAGCUACUAGAAAUUUGAGCUAUCACAUUGCUUAAAGUAAAUGUAUUAUCACAUUAUAAUUUGUUCAUGUAUCUACACUUUAACAUCAAGCAUUUAAAUAAACAUUUGCAAGAAAAAAAAAAUUCUAUUGGAAAACAAAUGUUUCCAAAAGCAGGCAAUGGUGUAGAUGCUUUUUUCAUCACUCUUACUUCUGAUGUAAUUUUUGAAAGCACCUAUUUCUUUAUAGUCCUGUUUGUUCAAUGUCUUCCUCAAAGGCUUUGUUCUCUUCUCCAUCAUCUGAAUUCUUAUAUGGGUUCACAGUCUCGUCAGCCUUCUUAGCUUUCCUGAAAAAAAAGAAGUGCAGUAAUGUUAGCAAUUAAAUACCACACCAGUUGUGGUAAAACCUUGAAUGGAUGUAUUUAUUAUUUUGUUUUUUGAAACCCAUAUUUUGCUAUUUCUAUAAAAAAUUAAUUAUUAUAAUGUGUAACAUUUCUAACUCUGAUGCUAAAAAUGCAGUGUACCAUUGAUGGAUCAUGUCAUCUUUGUGUAAUUUUUAAUCAUUGUCCACAAUGCAUAUAGCUGUUAUGAUGAUGCAGUUCUACCAAACAUGUUGAUGUUUAAUAUGGACAAGAAUGACAUACUCUUCACCGUCACUGAACUGGCUCUAAGUUGCUUUGUGUUUCACCUGCAGUACUUACUUCUUCCUGUUUAAUAUCCCUGUGGUAAUGAGGUAGAUCCCCCCACACACAGUUACACCCAUUACGACCCCAAACACCACCAGCCAAACUGUGAUUUUUUCCUCUUUGGGUGGAGCUAAUGUUGCCUGCAGCCCAACAAAUUCCAGUGUUUCAUCAUUGAGUAAAAAUGCACCAUUGAUGCGUUCUCUGGACAGCCUGUGAAGAUUUAAAAAGGGAAAUUCACUGAAGCUGCUCAAGUUCUCCUUAAUUAUGCCUUGGCACCCAAUACUCAUACACUCUAUAAAUAUUAUAUAGCUAUAAAAUAUAUUUAAAAAUAUAGUAUAUGGUAUGAUUUCAAGAAAUACCAGAUAGCUGCCUCUACAUCUGCUUUGGGAAUGACUGUGCCUGGUUUGGUUGGAUCCAUUACAAAGAAAUAAAAGGAGAUUCUGGCCGUUU